AUGGCGGCUGCAACCGACCUGGAUGCAGUGCGCGCGACGAAGGCCACGAAGAUGAUCCAGGUUCAGAUGGAUAGGCAGCUCGAUGCCAUCACGGCUGCUCAGCAAAAGGCGGUGGAGCCCAUCAUCAGCAAGAUCAAGGGCCUGCACGAGAAGCUGAAGCAGCCGGGACAAGCCAAGAAUGUGGUUCCGGGCACCAAAGACAUCCUGGACCUCAUGGCGCAAGCACAGGCCUCUGCCCCCGAGGCCAAGGGCGUGGCGAAGCCCUUGCUGGAGCAGCUGGUUGGCCAUGCGGUCUGGGUUCUUGAGGUGGAGUCCGCCUGGGCGAGUGCCGAGGCUUGCGAGCAGGUCUUGGGCCUCGCCCAACGAAUCGACGAGCUGGCCGUCAAGCUCACGAAAACCCUCGCGGCCACAUGGGAUCCGGCCAUCACUCCCCAGGUCGAGGGCAUCAGGGAUGACAAGGCCCAGGCGGCCUGCGCCCAGCUCGUGGCCGAGGCGGACAAGGAGCUGGCGGCGGACAACGGCGGCGCGGCGUACCACUGCUUGCAGGCGCUCCUGCCCUGGUGGCCACACCUCAAGAAGAGCCACUCCUUGGAGGUUGUUGGCAUCUUCAGCAAGAUGCAGACCUACGCCAGCGACGCGUUCAUGCAGGCCACCGCCGAUGGCCAAACGGCCACGGCCGAGGAGAUUCGAGGCUUCGCAGUGCAGUUUGACGAGCUCCGGGGGAAGUUUGACGGCCUCCCUGCGUCUUCGGGUCGGGCCUUGGGCGAAGUCCUUGAGACCGGCGAAGCCCGGGUCCAGGUGUCCAAGGCCUUGGAGACCAUCGACGCAGAGAUCGCGAAGGAGAAGGACGAUGACGACAAGACCAACUUGAGCCUUGGGAACACAAUUCAGGCUCUCGAGUCCCUGGUGGUGGCUUGGGCUCUGGCCACUUCCAGCGAGGGCGAAGAUCUCCAGAAGCGCAUGCUGAGCAGCUGUGCGGCCCUGGAGGCCUGGACACAAGAGGCCGUCGCCAAGGGCCCUGUGGGCCAAGUGGCGGGCUUGCUCCAGUUUGCGCAGGAGUACGACGGCCGCCGGGCGAAGCUGACGGAUCCGGGCGAGCUGCUGCGGCCGCGUCUGGCCUCGCAGGCCGCCGAGAGGUUUCUGCGCCAAGCCGAGAAUGAGUUGGCGAAGUCCAGCGGCAUGAAGGCAAACGUACUCCUGGAGAGCCUCAAAGCCGCGGCGGCUGCCAUCCCCGGCGAGAGCGGCUCGCCGGAGGCUCGCACGCUGCUGCUGAAUGUCAUGGCUGCCACCCAGGACCGGCUCCUCACAUCCUUUGCAGACAUCCUUACCGACGGAGAGAAUGAGAAGAAGGAGGUGAUGUUGCUGAAGUUCGCAGAGUCUGCCGAUGAGGUGCAGAAGGCCUGCUCAAUCGAUGGGAUGUCGCUCGUGGAGGCAAUGAAGCAGAAGCGGGUCGACACCGCCGACGAGCUGACCAGCAGGCUGAAUGAUCAGCUGUCAGCCGGGAUGAUGUCCGUCACCGGCGAUAUCUGCACACUGGCCAGACUCUGCAAGAAGCUGCCUGCCGAUGCUCCACAGCAGGGGCCUGCCAGGGCAGCAGCCGAGAAGUUCAUUCAGAAGGCCUCCCAGAGCCCGAGCGGGGCGGAAGAAGCCCUUCAGGGCAUCGAAAGCCUGGAGCAGGCCCUCAUAGACCUGGGAUGCAAGACCGCUGGGUUCCGGGAGGAGCUGGUCUCCCAGGUGUUGCGUUCUCACCUGGCCACAGCUCGGGCAGAAACGACCUCGGACGCACUGGGACGAGAACUGGGACUCUUGGAGCAGAUCUGCCGCAACAAUGACGUGCCCGCCGCGGUUCUCGCAGAGAUCCAGGCAUUCGUGGACGAGCUGCCGGACACCAUGCUGGCCAUGAUGAAAGCGGCUGGCAAAUCGGGCGCGCAAGGCGUUUUGGAUGCCGGAGCGCUGGCCGAGAAGCUCGCAGUGGCCGUGAGCAGAUCAGAGGCCGGCGCUGCUCUCAGCUCGAAGCUGCAAAGCGCCCAGAAGGUGGUCUCUUCGCUGGAGCUCGCCACGGCAGAGCUGCAGAAGAGUGCUGGGAUGAACCCGCGCACCGUGGUGGCCGUCCUGAAGGACCUGCCGCCGCAGCUGCAGCCGAUUAUGGGCUCCCCGGCAUACGUGCAGGGCAUCAGUGAGGUGAUCGAGCAGUUCAAGGGCAAGCUACGCGAUGCCUGUGGAAAGGCCCAGGAGGCCGAUGCCGCCACGCGCGAGAAGAAGGUGGCCGCGCUGCUUCAGUUGGCCGAGGAGGGCGACGCCGCGCAGAGGGAGCUGGCUGCUCUGGGGCUGCCUGGGCCUUUCAAGGUGGACAGCUUUGCACAGGUGAUCCACGGCUUCGUGAUCCAGUGCGGCUUGGAGGCGGCCGAGGCGGAGCUCUCCAAGGAGACGGGCAUGAACCCCAAGGCAGUGCUGGCGGGACUGGCGGAGGCGAGCAAAGCCUUGCCACGCCUGGAUCCCGAACUUUCCUCCGACUGCGAUGCUGAGGGACUGCGAACUCGGGCCAUGGAGUCUUGUGACAAAGUGAGCAAGCGGAUGAUCGAGUCUCUGGAGGAGGCGGUGACCGCGUCCAACGAAGCCAAGCAGAAGGCGCUGCUCAGCUUCGCCAAGGAGUUCGAUGCCGCCUGCAGUGGUCUCACCAGCAGUUCUCUGGAAGCAGAACUGCAGACACGCGCGCGAGUCUAG